AUGCAGGUGUCCUUGUCCUACUGGUCUCUGGCCCAGGUGAUGGCCACAGCGGGGGCUGCGUGCAUGCAGCUGUCCCCAGCCCUGCUGCAGCCACAGGUCACCGUGGUGGCCAUCCUGGGCGAGCUGCUGGCCACCCUGCCCAGUCGAGCUGAGAUGAUGCUCCUGUCUGCAGUGAACCUGUACAGGGACCUGGUGAAAUUCACCAGAGAACUUCGGACCACGCUCUACAGCAUUGAUGACACCUGGUGGCACUACAUUGUCACCUCCAAUGAUGAUGACCCUCCCACCUCCCUGAGCCAGGCCCUGGCCACCUACAAGAGCACCCCAGGGACCACCCAGAAGCAUGUGACAAUGGCGGCCAGCCACUGGGAGCAGCCAGUGUCUGUGCUUGAGAAUGGCUGGGCCCGGCUGGCCAGCGCAGCCACCGAGCUCCACAACACCUGCAGGGAGGUGGUCAAUGAGGCAGCCGCUGAGGCAGCCGCCUCCACUGCCCGGGCCAGGGAGCUGCAGGACAAGGCUGCCCGUUAUGGGACAGCUCAGGAAAAUAUGGUGGAGUGGGGUCUGGCGCUGGGUGGGGAGGAGGGGGCCGAGGUGGUGGCCAGGUAUGAAGCCCAGGUGAGGAGAGAUGCCAGUAUGGCUGCCAGUGAGGCAACCAGAGCCACCAUGGAGAGACAGUGGGUUGAGGUGGCCCUGGGGCUGCUGGAGCGCUUGAUGGCCGCGUGUGCUGAAGCCACCGCAUUCCCCCGGGAGCUACAGCGCCUGCGCAAGGACAUCGAGGCCACCCUGAAGGGGACAAAUGAGGCAUCCCCCAACAUCCCCGAGGACUUGAUGGCCAAGGUGGCCCUGGCCGAGCAGCUGUUGGAGACCAACGCCCGCCUGGCCACCCGUCACCUGGUGGGGACACUUCCAAACACCAUCAAGUUCUAUUUUGACGGGGAUCCUGCCAGCCCCAGUGGCUGUGAGGUGGCCGAGUGGUGCCAAAGAGCCAUCGAGGACAUUGUAAGACUCCGUCGAUCUGCAGAGCAUCCCCAAGGUGUCCCUAAGGUUUCCCCAGACAGCAUGGAGCUCCAAGAGCUGUCCCCAGUGCUGCUGCAGCCACAGGUCACCGUGGUAGCCAUCCUGGGCGAGCUGCUGGCCACCCUGCCCAGUCGGGACAAGAUGAAGCUCAUGUCCCCAAGGCGUCUGUACUGGGACCUGGUGGCCUUCACCGAGGAUCUCCGGGCCACCCUGUACCGCAUUGAUGACACCUGGUGGCACCGCAAUGUCACCUCUGAUGAUGAUGAACCUCCCACCUCCCUGAGCCAGGCCCUGGCCACCUACGAGAGCACCUCAUGGACCACCCAGAAGCGUGUGACAAUGGCGGCCAGAAAGUGGCAGGGGUUGGUGUCAGUGCUUGUGGACAGGUGGGCCCGGCUGGCCAGAAAGGCCACCAAUCUCCACUACACCUGCAGGAAAGUGGUCACAGAGGCGGCUGACAUGGUGGUCAAUGCCACCACCCAGGCCAGGGAGCUGCAGGACGAGGCUGCCCAUGAUGGGACAGCUCAGGAAAACAUGGUGGAGCUGGGUCAGGGCCUGGACGGGGAGGAGGGGGCCGAGGUGGUGGCCGUGCAUGAAGCCCAGGUGAGGAGAGAUGCCAGAGUGGCUGCCAGUGAGGAAACAAGGGUCACCAAGGUGAGACAGUGGCUGGAGGUGGCCCUGGGGCUGCUGGAGCGCUUGGUGGUCGCGUGUGAGGACGCCACCACCUUCCCCCGGGAGCUGCAGUGGCGGCUCAGGGACACCCAGGCCACCCUGAAGGGGACAAAUGAGGCGUCCCCCAAUGUCCCCGAGGACUUGGUGGCCAAGGUGGUGGUGGCCGAGUGGCUGUGGGAGGCCAACGCCCGCCUGGUCAAGGAUCGCCUGGUGGGAACACUUCCAGACAACAUCAAGUUUUAUAUCGACGGUGGAACUGCCAGCCCCAGUGCCUGCGAGGUGGUCGAGCGGUGCCAAAGAGCCAUUGAGGAUAUUGCAAGGCUUGUUAGAUCGCUGCAUUGUCCCCAGAGCGUCCCCAAAGUGUCCCCAGGGAGCAUGGAGCUCCAAGAGCUGUCCCCAGCCCUGCUGCAGUCACAGGACACUGUGGUGGCCAUCCUGGGUGAGCUGCUGGCCACCAUGCCCAGGCGGGACAAGAUGAACCUUGUGUCCACAGUGAGACUCUACUGGGACCUGGUGGACUUCACACAGAACCUUCGGGUCACCCUGUACCGCACUGAUGACACCUGGUGGCACCGCAAGGUCACCUCUGAUGAUGAUGAUCCUCUCAGCUCCCUGAGCCAGGCCCUGGCCACUUACAAGAGCACCCCAUGCACCACCUGGGACCAUGGGACAAUGGAGGCCAUCAUGUGGCAGGGGUCAGUGGCCACACUCGUGGAUAGCUGGGCUGAGCUGGCCCGGAAAGCCAACAAGCUCCACAACACCUGCAGGGAGGUGGUCAAUGAGGCAGCCACCAAGGCGGCAAACACCGUCUUCUGGGCAGGGGCCGAGCAGGACAUGGCUGCCCGUUAUGGGACAGCUCAGGAAAACACGGUGGAGCUGGGUCCGGACCUGGGCAGGGAGGAGGAGGAGGGGGACGAUGUGGUGGCCAGGCAUGAAGCCCAGGUGAGGAGAGAUGCCAGCGAGGCUGCCAGCGAGGCAACAAGGGCCACCAUGGUGAGACAAUGGGCAGAGGCGGCCCUGGGGCUGCUGGAACGCUUGGUGGCCGCGUGUGACGAAGCCGCCACAUUCCCCCGGGAGCUGCAGCGCCUGCUCAGGGACACCAAGGCUGUCGUGAAGGGGACAAAUGAGGCAUUCCCCAAUGUCCCCGAGGACUUGGUGGCCAAGGUGGCUGAGGCCAAGCGGCUGUGGGAGGCCAACGCCCGCCUGACAAAGGAUCGCCUGCUGGGGGCAGUUCCAGACACCAUCAAGUUCUUGUUCACUGGUGCUCCCGACAGCCCCAGUGGAGUGGCUGAGCAGUGCCAAAGAGCCAUUGAGGACAUCCCAAGGCUCCUUCAACCCCUGAAGCAUCCCCAAGGUGUCCCCAAGGUGUCACCAGAGAGCAUGGAGCCCCAAGAGCUGUCCCCGGUCCUGCUGCAACCUCAGAUCAACGUGGUGGCCAUCCUGGGUGAGCUGCUGGCCACUGUGCCCACGCUGGACGAGGAGAUGGUGCUCAUGCCCCCAAGAUGCCUGUACCGGGGCCUGGAGGACUUCACCACGGAACUCUGGGAUGCCAUGAUGUACACUGAGAGCAUCUGGCGGCGCCACAAAAUAAGCCUGCAUUAUGAUGACCCUCUCACCUCCCUGAGCUGGGCCCUGGCCGCCUACAAGAGCACCCCAUGGACCACCUGGGACCAUGUGACAAUGGCGGUUAGCAAGUGGCACAGGUUGGUGGCCAAGCUCGUGGACAGCUGGGCCAAGCGGGCCAGGAUGGCCACCAAGCUCCGCAACACCUGGAGGGAGGUGGCCUCUGAGGCGGCCAACAUGGUGACCACCUUCACCAUCCUCGCCAGGGAGCUGCAGGACAAGGCUGCCUGUCAUGGGACAGCUCAGGAAAAGAUGGUGAAGCCGGGUGUGGGUCUGGGCAAGGGGGACGGGGUCAAAGUGGUGGCUGGGCAUGAAGCCCGGGUGCGGAGAGAUGCCUGCGUGGCUGCCAGCCAGGCAACCAGAGCAACCUGGAGAAGACAGCAUGUGGAGGCGGCCCUGGGGCUGUUGGAGCGAUUGGUGGUCGCGUGUGAUGAAGCCAUUGCUUUUCCCCGGGAGCUGCAGCGCAGGGUUGGGGACAUCGAGGCCGCCCUGAAGGGGACAAAUGAGGCAUCCCCUGAUGUCCCUGAGGACUUGGUGGCCAAGGUGGCCGUGGUCGAGCAGCUGUGGGAGGCCAAUGCCCGCCUGGCCCACGACCACCUUUGGGAGACACUUGAGGAUAUCACUAACUUCUCUCUCGAAGGUCAUCCCGACUGCCCCAGUGGCUGUGGGGUGGCCGAGCGGUGCCAAAGAGCCAUCGAGGACAUCCCAAGGCUCCUUCGACUCCUGAAGCCUCCCCAGAGGGUCCCCAAGGUGUCCUCACUGUCCCCAGCCCUGCUGUCGCCACAGGUAACCGUGGUGGCCAUCCUGAGCAAGCUGCUGGCCACUGUGCCGAGGCGGGACGAGAAGGUGCUGCUGUUCAUGUCCCCAGGAUGCCUAUACUGGGACCUGGAGAACUUCACCAAUGAGCUCUGGUUCACCCUGCACUGCAUUGAUGACACCUGGUGGCACGGCAAUAUCACCUCCAAUAAUGAUGACCCUCCCACCUCUCUGAGCCAGGUCCUGGCUGCCUACAAGAGCACCCCAUGGACCACCCGGAACUGUGUGACAGUGGCAGCCAGGGAGUGGCAGGGAUUGGUGGCUGUGCUUGUGGACAGGUGGGCCAAGCUGGCCAGGAAGGCCGCCAGUCUCCGCAACACCUGCAGAGAGAUGGCCACCAAGGCGGCUGACAGGGCAGCCUCCACCACCGCCUGGGCCAGGGAGCUGCAGGACGAGGCUGCCCGUUAUGGAAGAGCUCAGGAAAACAUGGUGGAGCUGGGUCCAGCCCUGGGUGGUGAGGAAGGGGCCGAGGUGGUGUCUGGGUAUGAAGCCUGGAUGAGGAGAGAUGCCAGGGAGGCUGCCAGUGAGGCAACCAGGGCCACCAAGGUGAGACAGUGGGUUGAGGAGGCCCUGGGGCUGCUGCAGCGCUUGGUGGCCGCGUGUGCUGAAGCCACCGCGUUCCCCCGGGAGCUGCAGCGCCUGCUGGGGGACAUCGAGGCUGCCCUGAAGGGGACAAAUGAGGCAUCCCCUGAUGUCCCCGAGGACUUGGUGGCCAAGGUGGCCGAGGCUGAGUGGCUGUGGGAGGCCAAUGUCCGCCUGGCCAAGGGUCACCUGCUGGCAACACUUCCAGACAUCAUUGACUUGUAUUUCGGUUUUGGUCCCUCUGGCCCCCGUUGGCGCAGGGUGGCCGAGCAGUGCCAAAGAGCCAUCGAGGACAUCCCAAGGCUCAUUCGACCCCUGCAGUGUCCCCAGAGUGUCCCCAAGGUGUCCCCAGUGAGCAUGGAGCGCCAAGAGCUGUCCCCAGCCCUGUUGCAGCCACAGGUCACCGUGGUGGCCAUCCUGGGUGAGCUGCUGGCCACCCUGCCCAGUCUGGAUAAGAUGAUUUUGCUCCUGUCCCAAUGGCGCCUGUACUGGGACCUAGUGGACUUCACUGAGAACCUCCGGGUCACCCUGUACUGCAUUGAUGAUACCUGGUGGCACCGCAAGGUCACCUCCGAUGAUGAUGAUAACCCUCUCACCUCCCUGAGCCAGGCCCUGGCCGCCUACAAGAGCACCCCAUGGACCACCUGGGACCAUGUGACAAUGGUGGCAUGCAAGUGGCAGCGGUCUGUGGAUGAGCUUGUGGACAGGUCGGCUGAGCUAGCCAGAAAGGCCACCAAGCUCCACAACACCUGCAGGGAGGUGGCCACUGAGGCGGCCAACAGAGCGGCCACUGCCACUGCCCAGGCCAGGGAGCUGCAGGCCAAGGCUGCCCGUUAUGGGACAGGUCAGGAAAUCAUGGUGGAGCUGGGUCUGGAGCUGGGCAGGGAGGAGGGGGCCGAGGUGGUGGCCGGGCAUAAAGCUCAGAUGAGGAGAGAUGCCAGGGUGGCUGCCAGUCAGGAAACCAGGGCCACCAUGGUGAGACAGCAACUGGAGGUGGCCCUGGGGCUGCUGGAGCGCUUGGUGGCCGCGUGUGACGAAGCCACCGCCUUCCCCCGGGAGCUGCAGCGCAGGGUUGGGGACAUAGUGGCUGCCCUGAAGGGGACAAAUCACUGGUUCCUUGAUAUCCCUGAGGACUUGGUGGCCAAGGUGGCCGAGGCCGAGCGGUUGUGGGAGGCCAAUGCCCGCCUGGCCAAGGAUCACCUGCUGGGGACACUUCCAGACAUCAUCAAGUUCUAUUUCGAUGGUGCUCCCGCCAGCCCCAGUGCCUGUGGGGUGGCCGAGCCACGUCAAAGGACCAAUGAGGACAUCCCAAAGGUUGUGCAACCCCCGGAGCAUCGCCAAGUUGUCCCCAAGUUGUCCCCAGUGGGAAUGGAGCUCCAAGAGCUGUCCCUUUCCCAGCCACUGGAGGCUCUGGUGUCUGUGGUGGCCACCUUGGGCAAGGUGGUGGCCACUGUGACCAAGCCACACUGCGGCAUGAGGCACUGUGUGCCCCCAAAGUCCCUGCAUGCAGCCCUGAGGAGUUUCACCUGGAGUCUCUGUAAGACCCUGGACCACCCCGGUGUCAGCUCCCUGGGCGACCCUGGUGUCACCUCCCUGGGCCAGACCCUGGCCACCCUCAGGGUCACACGGGGGGCCAGCUGGGCCGAUGUGAGAGCCGCAGCCAGCGGCUGGUGGAAGUUGCUGACUGCACUCGAGAACAGCUGGGAACAGCUAAAAGAGGAGACCACCAAGCUCUGUGAUGCCUGUGAGGAUGCGGCCCCUGCCCGGGCCGGGGACCCACAGGAUGAGGCCACCCACAGGAAGACAGCUGGGGACAGCCCGGUGGCCAAGGCCCAGCAACUGAUGGUGGCCCUGGACAGCGAGGAGGUAGCCUCAACAGGGGACGUGUCCGAGGCCCGGGUGGCAGCAGCCACUGAUAAGGAGGAGAUGGCCAUUGAGGAGGAGGAGUCUGCCAGUGAAGAGGAGGCAGCCCCCAGGAGACGACAGUGCCCAGACGUGGCCCUGGGGCUGCUGGAGCAUUUGGUGGUUGCCUGUGAAAGAGCCAGGUAUUUCGUCUUGGAGAUGCGGCGCCGGCUCGAGGCAAUUGAGGCCAUCCUGAAGGGGACAAAGGAGGCAUCCCCUGAUGUCCCUGAGGCCUUGGUGGCCAUGGUGGCCGAGGCCGAGCGGCUGUGGGAUGCCAGCAGCCGCCUGGCCACUCAUCAUCUGGUGGGGAUACUUGGGGAUAUCUGCAGGCUCCUCACAAAGCCCCCUGGUGGCCCUGGUGGCUCCAAUGGCCCUGGGGGCUCUGGUGGCCCUGGUGGCUCUGAUGGCCGCACGGUGGCUGAGAAGUGCCAAGAAGCCAUCAAGGACAUCCCAAGAUUGCUGCAGGAACAUUGAUGUCAUUGCUGUGACAUCAUUGAGGGCAGUGACAUCUUUGGGGACAUCACUGCCCCCUCUUGCCUCCCCACAGGGGAUUUCAGACAGAAUUAGGGAAUUUUCCUGGAAUUUUCAUAGAUACUGUCCCAAAUGCUGAUGGGACAUUCCUGGGGUGACGUCACUGGGGACACUCAGGGACACGUGGGAAGGACACACAGGGACACUCAGGGACACGCAGGGGCACGCUGGAACAGUCUGGGGACACUCAGGGACACGUAGGGACACUCAGAAAAAUCAGGGAGGACACUCAAGGAGGACACUCAAGGACACACUGGGACAGUCUGGGGACACUCAGGGACAUGUAGGGACACUCAGAAAAAUCAGGGAGGACACUCAGGGAUGCCCAGAGGCACUCUGGGACACUAAGGGAAGACACUCAGGAACAGUCAUGGAGGACACUCAGGGACACUCAAGCAGGACAGUCAGGGACACUUUGGGGACACACAAAACAUGCAGCGACACUCUGAGGACACUUGGGGACACUCAGGAACACUCUGGGGACACUCAGGGACAAGGGACAGGGGUGACUGAGUCCCCUCAGCAGCUUCCAACUUUCCAGUGCGCCUGCAGCAGAGCGGGUCAUAAAUGACAAUUUAAUAAUUGGCUUCUGCCAUUCUGCAUUGGCUUUGGCACAUUAUUGAUCACAAGAAUUUUGCUACUUGAUAUUGAUAUUAAUUAUUGACAAUUCUUUGUAGCUGCUUGCUGGUACAAGAUAAUCCAUCAGUUUAUGUGUGCACUGUUUAACCGCUUAAAUGCUGGAGUAACAAAUUAACUAUGUAUAUAUAUAUAUCGUAGGUCUUAACACAUUAAAAAUAGACCAAUAGAAAAUAGAUAAAUAAUAAAUGUUAAAUAGAUACUAUGCAAUAUUAAAAUGCUUUUGUGCAACUGACUCAGGUGUAAAACAAUUCCAUUGUUUCUCACACCUGCGGA